AAAACAUACUAUCAUAAUAGUUUCCCACUUUCCCAUAUCAUUUUCUCGGCGACACAAAAAGAGCUUGUUUUCAAGGAAAAACAAAAAUAAAAAUGGCGGAUUUCAUUCUGCAACUACCUAACGGCUUGAGGAGCUUCCGUGUUUCUGUUUCACCAAACGGGGUUUCUUCUCCACUGACGAGCAGUUCAGGUGAAGUUGGAACCCUUAGGCCAACCAGAAGCAGAGCUAAUGGUCCAAAAAUGUCAAAUGUUCGGAAAGGGGUUAAAAGGAGGCCUGAUCCACCUUGUGUAGUCUGCUUGGGCAGUGGGAGAAUUGAUUGCCACCAGUGCCGCGGAAAAGGAAGGACAAACCAUAUUCAUUUGGAAAUGCUCCCUAAGGGGGAAUGGCCAAAAUGGUGUAGAACUUGCGGCGGAAGUGGUCUAGACUACUGUCCCCGUUGCCUUGGGACCGGUGAAUAUAGGUACGUCAUGGGCUUUCGAUUCAUGAACGUGGAUCACAAGAAUAAUGAGAUUUCAAGUAAUAAAAAACGUGGCAGCAUAGCAGAUCUUUAUGAAGAACAAUGAACCAUAAAUACGAAGACACUGACUUCUUUGGUCCAAACUACCAAAGAUAACUACCAAAGAUAGCGACCUCAGCAACCUCAAGAUUACUAACAGCUACAACAGAGAUCAGGCCAGAAUUAAUCUUGGUUCAAACUUUCAUCACCAGUACCGUUCAUAAAUACUCUGAUGUAUACAUGUACUAGAAAAUUUUCACAGCGUAGUGUAGCAUGCUUUUAAAUUAACAUGAAUGGAUGAAUACAAGUAAUGUAAUGGUGGAAAGGACAAAGUAUUAAGAAAAAAAAUUACAGAAAAUAAACAAGGAAAAAUCCUCAGCUGUAUUCUUUA